UUAAAUUUGCAUAACUUUUGGGUGAUGCGGUCUUAUUGGUGGAGGAAUGCUUGUUACCUACUCCUCCUUUUAAGUUCCCAAUUCCAUUCCCUUCGUCACAUAAAUAAUAAAAACACUUUCUUCUUUGUUCUCUCUUCAGUUUUCACCAAUUCUCUCAUUGUGGAAAAUGGAGAGGCACAGAUGCAAGCUUUGUUCGAGGACAUUCGCCAAUGGCAGAGCCCUCGGUGGUCACAUGAAGGCUCACUUAGCCACGCUUCCUCUGCCACCCAAGCCUCAUCAACCACCUCCUCAACCACAACCACUUUCUUUUGAGUACUCGUCUUCUUCUUCUUCCUCUUCAGAAUCAGAGCACGAUGACGAUGAUGAUGAAGAAAAAGGAUAUGGGUUAAGAGAGAACCCAAAGAGAAGUUUCAGGGUUGCAGAUCCUGAAUUCUCUUUCCCUGCUGCUGAUGAUGCUACUGUAGUGGUCCAAGACAGAGAGAGCGAGACUGAGUCAAAGAACAAACCAACUCGGACACGAAGACGAUCCAACCGUACACGAAAAUCCUCCAUUAUCAACCUUACAAACAAGAGGACCAAGCUCAUGAGUUUUAUGGAGUCACCAGCAUCAAUAGCAACAGAGGCAGCAGAGCCUGUUAGCUCCGUUUCCGAUACUUCGCCGGAAGAAGACCUGGCCAUGUGCCUCAUCAUGCUGUCAAGGGACAAAUGGAGAAAGACGAGUGUUGAAGAAGAAGAAGAGAUGAAGUUGAAGAACAAGAAGGUUCUUCGAGGGAAGCAUCAUCAUCAUCAUCGUCUGCAGUGUGACAAGUGUGGGAAAACGUUUCGAUCUUCAGGGGCAUUGGGGAGCCACAGAAGCAUAUGCCUCUGUGAUGAAGCAGAUGGAAGUGAAAGAAUCUUUCAAUGCCCGUAUUGUUCAAAGGUUUUCGGGUCGGGUCAAGCACUCGGUGGCCAUAAGAGAUCUCAUCUUCUCCCAUCUUCUUCUUCUUCUUCUCCUCCUUCCAUUAUCAAUGCUAAUCUUAGAUUGAAACAACAAAGCUUCAUAGAUCUCAACUUGCCAGCUCCACCUGAAGAAGACGACCUUAGUGUUCUCUCCGAUGCAUAAAUGCAUAAUACAUCCUUCAGAUGCUAUUCGGUAAACUUUAAUCUUUCUUUAUUUUAUUUUUUUUUUAAAGUAGGUGAGAUGAUUUGAUUAUGUUUAUUGUUAGAUCAAACGCUUUUGAUGGUACAAUCAUAGCUUAUAAUUGAUGUUUUUCACCGUCUGUCUCCUAUUACAUGCUACUACCUAGUCUAACACAUUUGAAUAUCUCAAUCUAUCUUCUUAGUUUAUACAGUGAUGCUUGCAAUUGCAAUGCAAAAGAACUCGUUGUGUGUGUAAUUUUUUUGUUAUUAUUAUUUAUUUAUUUUUA